AUGAAUGUUGCUGAAAAUACAGUAAAGCUUAUUGCAUCUUCUAUUCGUAUAUCAAAUAUUCAAACACCCGAACUCAUAAGAUUAUCAAAUGAAACACAACAAUUUAUAAUAGAUAUCGUUGAAAAUGCAAAAGCAAUUGCAUUGAUUUCAAAAAGAUCACGUAUAACGGCAAAAGAUAUCAAUGAAUCAUUAGAAUCAUACUCCUAUGAAACUUUGCUAGGAUAUGAACAUAUGAAAAAGCCUAAGAUUACAACAAUUCCUUUUUCAAAACAAGACUGCUUGACAAUAUUUGCAGAUAAAAGACUUGAAAUUAAUGAUGUUGCCAAUUGGAAACUCUUACCAUAUCAAUUAGCCCCUCAUUUCAAAAUUUUUCCUUUAAUAUUUAACGGGACAAUCAUUCAAACGCCAAAUGAAGAGAUUCCAAAUGAAUUAGCGGAAGAGACACAAAUAGCACAGCCAGUAGAAUCAUAUACCAGACUUACAGCGUAUUUUCAGAAAUCAAUUUCUUAUCUUUUUGAAGAAGAAAGCAAAUUCUGUACAGUUAUUGAGCACAUUGCCAAAGACAUGUACGUGGGUGAAUUGUUUCCUCGAUAUAUCGAUUAUAUAGAAGAUUUUUUAAUAUCAUCUCAAGAUGAUUUCACAAAGUGCUUAAGAGUUCUAAGAUUUCUUAUAGCAUUAUGUUCUAACCCAGAAUAUCAAAUAAUUGAGAAAAUAGAUAAUAUUAUUUCUUUUGGCUUGACAUUUCUCACUUCUAAUGAAGACAAAAGAGCCUCAUCAUUGAUUAGAUGCCAAUUGUAUCAAAAAGCUGUUAUUCUGCUUUCAAUUGUUACAAAUUCCGUUAGCGGAAUGCUUCCAGACAUAAAAAGUUCUCUUGCAAUCGAACUUCGCUCUGUAAUGCAGUUGGAAAAUGCCUACGCACUUGCCGGAUCAAUUAAGCUUCUUUCUGAAAUGGGUCAAGAUAUUAUUAGAAUAGAAGUACUUCCAAGACUUAAGGAAAUAUACUUGUUAUGUUUAAAUGAAAAAUUCACUCAGGAAGAGAAGAAUAUUGCGAUGUGUGAAUUCCAGAGUGUUUUGGCGCAAAUUGCUUUUGAUCAAAUCAGUAACUGCUAUUUAACAAUUGCAUCAAGUUCAGAUUUUGAUAGUCAAGGCUUUUUGGACGACUUUCUCAGUGUUUCUAAUUACUCUAAUUAUGUUUUCGAUGAAUUUAUAUAA